AGCAUUCCCGUGCAGAACACAGCAGGUAAGCAGCUGCUCUCACGGAUCCAUUGGCUUUACGAGUGAGCCGUGGGCUGUGGAAGCGCUUCCAGCGUCCCAAGCGCAGCUCCCGGGAUGCAGCCGGCGCUAGGACCUGCUGGAGCCGCUACGCCCCCAGGAGCGGAUAAAUACAGCAGGAUAAAUACAGCCGGGCAGGACGGCCGUGCCGGGAGCGCCGUGGCUGCCCCGUGCCCGCCGAUGCCCCAGCUGUGCCCGGUCACCUCCUCGCUGCUGCUGGGCACGGCCAGGGCGGCGUGCGACGAGGAGCUGCUGCUGCGGGAGGGGAUCACCUUGUGCGUCAAUGUCACCCGGCAGCAGCCCUUCCCCGGCCUGCGGGGGCUCCGCGGCAUCCGUGUGCCCGUGUUCGAUGAUCCGGCCGAGGACCUGGCCCGGUUCUUCGAGCCGUGCGGUGCCGCUAUGGAGGAGGCCGUGCGGGCCGGCGGGAGGUGCCUGGUGUACUGCAAGAACGGCCGCAGCCGCUCCGCUGCCAUCUGCACCGCCUAUCUCAUGAGACACCGCCAGCUCUCGCUCAAGGACGCCUUCGAGGCUGUGAAAACUGCCAGACCUGUAGCAGAACCGAAUGCAGGAUUUUGGUCUCAGCUGCAGAAAUAUGAAGAAGAUUUGCAGUCUGCUCUGCUGAGCAAAGGACAUAAAAAUAGCAAUGUGUGAAGAUACUUUAAAGAAACUGAAAUGACUUGCUACAGACUUUAAAAAAAAGGAAAAAAAAAAUCACUUCCUAAAUCACCUGUAUGUGAAACACUUUAUCCCCUGAUAUAUAUAAUAUAUAUAUUAUAACUGAGUAGAUGGCUCAUUAAAUUCAUUCAGUGAAUUUCUGUUGGUAAUGUAUAGAAACAGGACAGAAAAACAGGGAAAACAGCAGAAAUAGAAAAUGGUUGGAAGGACUGUAAACAAACCAGAGGAAAGGCAUAGAAUUUUUAGCAGUUAUUUUGCCCUCAAUGACACUGAAUGUGGUAACGAUGUACUGAAUGAAAGAAGAGCACCGGAAUUUUAUUCCUGUUUUUAAUUAAACUUCCCAGUAAUGCCAUUAGAAGACAUGAUGCCAGACCAAGGAAGUUCUGAAUUUCCCUCUCACCAGCUGGAUCAUAAUUUAUGUUAAUGAGUUGACACAACCUUUGGUGGAAAACUGACAGUGGCUGAUGCUUUGUCUCUGCAAUUUUCCUUAUGUUCAACUAGACCAAAGUACCUUCACAAAUUACCCAAAAAUCCAGAGGGCAGAAUAUACAGAUGAUGGUAAGGAGCUCAGCUCCCACCAUGCAGGCUAAGUGCCUUUUCAUCUUUUGAAAUUAUUCUCUAAAACACCAAAGGAAUGAUUUGAAAACCUGCAGAUGAUAGUGAAGGGAAGAAGAUGAAACUGGCAAUCUAGAAGUAAUCCCCACUCCUUUUAGCUUUACUUACUAAGCCAAGCAGUGCCCAGUUCAUGCCUUAAUGUGUCAGUUUACAAGUCAGCUGUUCCUGCAUGCAAGCACCACAGCUAAAUCAUUUCUGCUGAGAAAAAAACAGAAACCUGUUUUCAGGUUGCCCUCCAAAAUUAUCUUUUGGGCCACCAAGGGAACCUCAUGAAACUUCCAGAUCAGACUGCUGAGUGUUGAAUGGCUAGUUUAUCAUUAGCCAUUCAAAACAGAGUUUUGUCAAACUGUAUGAAUACAUUUGUAAUUUUAAAGGGACAAGUUAUGGAACCUGAGAACCUGCAGGGUGAAAUUCCAUUCCACCUUGCUGAAAGCAUAAAUACGAAUUAAAUUA